AUGCUAGAAGCUGUUUCUGUUCCUAGAAAGAUAAUACAAAAGGAAUGGAUAGUUCACUUCACUUGUGAGGAAGCAAAGCUGUCAGCCGUGAUGACAAAAACGGGGAAUGUCGUUGUCGUCAUGUUGCUACUUUGUCUGACGAUCAGCGUGAUGACACAAAGUUGGAAUGUCGGUAAACAGUGUGGCACGUAUAAAGAAGGCGACAAAGAAAAAAUGUGGUAUGCUACGUGGAAGUGCAGGAAUCACUGCAAGCACAAUACGCGUUGCGGUGGCGGCGAAUGCAUACUCAGUGUACCCGGUGUUUAUCGUUGCAGAUGUUAUGCCUGUGUUUGAUAAAUGAAGGUUUUUAAUUACUAUUGUAUAACUUUAGUUGUAUGC